AUGAAUCAACCGUUGAUGAACGUAGGCAAUAAAGUUGAUUGGUGUACUGGGAUUCGGCUCUUUUCGUUCCACGCAAAGUAUCGACUUCUGGACGUCGCUCAAGAAGCAGGCGGGUCACUAAAUGGAGUACUAACCGCCGUCCAAGGAGGCUGCAAUGCCGGGGCUAGCGGGUGUGUUGCCGAUCAUUCAGGAAAUGGUCCGCUCUUUUCUGGAAGACCUCACCUCUACUGGGAUCUGGCUUCACAAAGAGAUGGCAAAAAGUGCCGUAAAAAGCUGUGUUCUGGAACGCCUGGUGUCAAGAUGUAA